AUGUCUGCGUCAGGCCCCCUCGAAGCGCGCUCGUCCGCCCAGAAGCCUGAGACCGAAGAGAAGUCGCAGUCCCGCAGAAAGCAAGACGAAUCCGAGGAGGAGCUCUUCUCGAACGGCAUCUGGGCGGCCGUGAUCUGCGUCCUCAGCUACACCUACGGGGACAUGACCGUGGCCAACUCUUUCCCCAAGGACAAGCGCCAAAACUCCUGGCUCCUCAUGCUCUCCCCGAUCCCGACCUUCGUGCUGAGCCUCGCCUACGUCGCCUUCGUCACCUGGAUUGGGCCGAAGUACAUGAGGAACCGCGAGCCCAUAAAAGGCCUCAAGACGCUGAUGCUGCUCUACAACGCCUUCCAGGUGGCGCUCUCGGGCUGGAUCUUCCUAGAGUCUGGAAUGGCCGGCUGGUUCGGGAAAUACAACUUGGUGUGCGAACCUUGUGACUUCAGCAACAACCCGAGAGCUCUUAGGAUGCUGAACGCUGCCUAUUGGUAUUAUUUCUCGAAAUUCGUCGACUUCAUGGAUACAAUCUUCUUCGUGGCGCACAAGAAAUACGCCCACAUCUCCCUCCUACACGUCGUCCACCAUGCCACUAUGCCCAUCAGUAUGUGGUACGGCGUCCGCUUUCAUCCGGGCGGCCACAACACCUUCGCCGGAUUCCUGAAUGCGCUCGUGCACACGGUCAUGUACACCUACUACCUCCUGGCCGCCUUGGGUCCCAUCGCCAAGCCCUUCCUGUGGUGGAAGAAGUACGUCACGUCCAUGCAGAUGGUGCAGUUCGUGUUGAUGGUCCUGCAUUCCAUGACGGCUAUGACGGUUGAGUGUUCUGUCCCGACGCCGAUUGUCCGCUGGGUUGGCAUCAUGGCUGUUGUGUUCCUCGUCCUCUUCACCGACUUCUACAUCAAGGCUUAUAGGAAACGCGAUUCACAGAAGAAGCUCAGCGGCGCCCACGAUCACUCCAACGGCAGCCUGAAGCCAAGCCAGAACGGGCUGUGCUUCCCCGCUCUCAACGGGGAAGUGGGCGCCACGACUCUACUGCCGGAGGCGCUACCGGCGAAGGAGUUGCCGAAGGACCUCCCUCGGGACAUGAGCGUGAGGAGUCGCGUCCGAGGAGAGGCUGGGGAAUCGCAUUGAGGGGUUUCUU